AUGGCCGACUCAGCCUUGUGUAGCUCUAGUGGCGACAACGAUGAACGUGAACUCCAAACAACAUUGGGGGCUGUGCCGAGAAAGGCUCUCAUCACCAACAUGCUCGCCUUAGAGGAGAAGAUCUACACUGAGACCGGUCCUGGCUACUCACAAGCCCUCACCCCUUUUCGUGAGGCACUACUGGAGACGCUCAAAGACAACGAGCGCUUCAAAUCAGAUUGCCACGCAGUUCAAAGCGGCCUCGAGCUCUGUGACCUCUGGCAGAAUUCCUACGCCUGGUUGAGCGAGGAGCUUGUCUAUCUAGACUCUGCUGGGGAGGAAGACUCCAAAUGGCUGACUCUGGUGCUACGGUGGUCUCUUCUCGCUGCAGCUGCCAACAUCGACGGUUGCCCAACUUUUGUUGGACGUCAAGAUCUACGUAAGGAAAUUUCAGCCACGGUGUCCAAGAUGCGCCAUGCAUCAACUAUGCCUAGCGCAGUGAGCUAUCCAUCAAACCCGAGUGCCACGCCGUUAUCCACUGCCUUUGGUCAGCCAGCAACAAAUUCGGCAUCAGCAUAUGGUUCCACUGCUAUCGGUACCAAUCACACUCGUACGUCAUCUUCUCUCUCUCCGUGCGAGAUUGUGAGAAGAACUGUGAAGUCUAUCGUUGGUGACUCGGACAAGAUACCUAAGCACCUUCUCUUCACUGGCAACCCUACUGGUACCUACUUCCCUUGGCGCGUUGCGGUAUGUGAUCUACUCCGUCACCAUCAUUUACUCCCCAACGACAUCUCUGCGGAAGUUGCCCUACACUGUAUCACGGAACCUCUGAAGUCUACUAUCCGCAGUAAGAUCACCCACAGUGAUAUACUCGCUAGUGGUGUCUCUGCUGUAUGGUCAGUAAUGGAUAAACGUUACAAUACAAACCUUGAGCUCAGAUCCCUUGAGAACGCCUUGGACGCUUUAUCACAGGAACCAUCUGAGUCGACUCUAGACUUCUGUACUCGCUUCGAGAAGUUGUGGCACGUCAAGCAGUCAGUUGUCCCCGAUGAGGCUGCCCAAGACUCCUCUAUCAUUCGACGACUCAAGAAAGGUUUGAAGGAUCCCAAGGCUGUGCUAGCUGCCUCGCUAGCGGAUCCCCUCAACAAGAUGGACUUCGACACGUUCAAGGACACUCUCUUAGCUGUUAUCGAUGAUCUACCCGAUAUCAACGCCCUAACCAAAUCCGCUCCGAAAGGCGAUAAAAGCAAGUCCCGGUCCGUCGACGAUGACUCCAGCAUCAUGGCAUUAUGUAUGGCUGCGGCAGUCGAUCUUGGUCUAUCGAAGGACUCCUGCCUUCGCUGUGGUAAGCUCGGGCAUGUAGCGGCCCGCUGUAAAGCAAGCCCUGACGACAUCAUCCGCAAGGACGAAAGGUGCAAACGGUGUGGUCGCUUAGCUGAUUCCAAGCAUCGUUGCGACUCGAGUAGAUUCCAUUGUAAGCGAUGUCGUAAGGCGCAUCAUCUCGCUGGCGUAUGUCUCAAGAAGUUUUCCAACUCGUCGGCGCCAUCUAACACCAACAACCACCAGUCCAACAACGCUUCCGACAUCAAGCUAGUCAACAACUCGGCUGCUUACGUGAGCGCUGCCAAUGCCCAGAUAAACUACUCAGCAUCUGACCUAUUCGCUACCUCCUCACCUGACCCCACCAUCACUGUUCGGCUAGGUACUGGUGCCCAGGGUCCUCGCUGUGAUGUUUCCUGUCUGGUGGAUACGGGAGCUAACAUAUCCCUAGUGGAUGCGUCUGUCGUCAAGUUCUUAUUGGAUAACACCGUCAUCCCAUCUGACGCGGUCUCCACGCUAGACCGUCCUCUGAAAGUAACCUACGGUAAUAACUCAACCACUUCCACUUCUACCAUCGUCUCGGUGAACUGUUCACUAGAGCAACCUUCGUCUGACGUAGGGUUGGUCGAGACUCGUCUAUUAUUCUUACAAGUCGAGCAAUGCCUUCCUCGAGUUAUCAUCGGCAGGAACAUGUUCGACUCGCUCGGUAUCAUCUUCACCUCUACGAAGGGCAUCUCUCUCAAAGGUGGCUUAUCCCUAUCAUCCAGUCGCCAAGAUAACGCCUCUCAGACCGACGAGUCAUCUGUCUAUCACAACUCAUCAUGUGCUAUUAUCAACUUAUCCUCGACCGAUGAGUCGACUUUACCUACUGUCGACUUCACUGCUGAGUCCAGCGCUGAGCCAAUAGCCACCUGUCGUCGAGUCUCUACCGACGUGCAACCUCUGAUAUCGGUGGUUCAAGACGGCACCGGCAAACGACUUUGCUGUGAUAUCGAUCCCAUCGGCAAUGCCACGGUCUGGCCCUACCGAGCGGCUCAACGAAAGCGCACCGCUGCCGAUGCUGAGAUCAUCUACCAGAAACUCUGCGCGAUGGAAGCGCAAGGCAAGGUUCGUCGAGUCCAGGAUUCUGAGCUCUCCAUCGUAUGCGAGCCGAUUCUCAUUGACAAACUCGACCGUGCCGAUGGAAAGAGUAAGAUUCGAACGGUACCUGUCUCUGACAGUGAGCUCUCAUCUCGGUAUCGCUUGGUCAUCGACACCAGACCUCUCAACUCCUUGCAAUUGAGCUACGACGACGCUGGCAACUUCAUCUUCCUACCUGGCGGUGAGAUCCCCAAGGACAGUAAGCAGCGUGAUGAGUUCUCGUACAAGCAGCAUCAACGGACUGCAACUAACCUUUUACGAGAUGUCCCAUCUGCCAACCUAGGUUUUUGGUCCAAGUUAGAUCUACGAGAUGCUUACGGCUGCAUUGCAGUUACCAAGUCCCUUCAGAAGCUCUUCGGUACAACAUCUAUCUGUCCACGCACCGGUGUGACCGUACGAUGGGCUCUCACUUCCCUUCCCCAAGGGUGGCGCUGGUCAUCUCUGGCAUUCCAGGUAGGCUUUGGUACUCUGCUCGACACCGUCAUCAACCCGAAGCUGGUUGCCGAUGGUAUUGCUGCAACUGUCGUACAUGUACAAGACGACGUCUUGGUCUCAUCACAAACCAUUGUUGAUGGGGAGAAGGCCUUGAGAGUGCUGACUGACAUCCUUACCGAGUACGGAUUCAUCAUCAACCAAGAGAAGUCUCAGUCACCGGCCAAGUCAACAACUUUCUGUGGUCUACUAUUACACGGCCGAACCUACCGACCUCUACCUGCCAAGCGGGAAAUCUCCGAAGCUACUUUCAACGCCGCGUUCAACGAUUUCCUCAAUGGGAAAGCUCCACCCAAGCGUCGAGGUCGUCGUCGUGUCAAGCACUCAGCUGAAUCACUCCGUCAAAGCCGUCUCUCAUGGCUGAGAAGCUGGACCGGUGUAUUCAACUACUUCUCGGGCCAUCUAUUACCCGAUGCUAUUGCUGCUCUCCGGACUCUGAACGGAGCCAUCAAACACUACCAGGAUGAGGCCACUUCUGCCGACUUUCUGGAGACUCUCACCACACCCACUUCUGAUGCUUUCAAAGUUCUGCUCCGAGCUUACAUAGCAGGCACUCUUCCGUGCUCGCUUGGUAACGAUGGUAUCGGUACUCUCGCUGUGGUGGACGCCAACCAUGACAGCUAUGGCGCCAUCAUCUUCAAGGUCUUCGAGCUUUCCGGGGAUGCGACUGAGUUUGCAACGUACUCCAAGACGGUGUUCAACUGCAUCCCUAACCUAGGUGAGCUCUUCAAUAUCUCUGAAGAUCGUGUCGCCAUUCUUCCACUCCGUGUCUGCGGUGAGAGGUUCUCCAAAGUGGAAUCCUCAAGAUCUAGCACUUGGCGUGAACGUGCUGCCUUGCUCAACGUUAUCCACGACAACCAGUGCCUCUUGUCUGGUAGAAUAAUCGCUGUCACUGAUAACGCCAACGUCGGCAAGCACUGGCACUCCGUUGAGACUGAGUUUGGGAUUGGCACAUAUCUGUCGAGAUGGCAAACAUACCAACGAUGCGUACAUCUCACUACGUGGGCUCCCCGUGGAAGUUUACCUGCAAUUGCUGAUGCUAUUGCGAGAUCUCUAGAAGUUACUACGCCUUCAUCUGUGAAGGUCUCGGCCUGUAACUCUCGUGGGAAUUGCCAUGCAACUGGAACCGAUACCGGUGAUUCCGAACUGAGGCAUUCUUUCUCGUCUUCCCUCACACCGGCAUCCACCCUACUUGGCAUAUUCUCCGCUUGGCGGAUCAAAGCUGCCUCUAAGCCCUUUCCUGUCCACGAUGAUGACAUCGACGCCUUGAAGUGGCUGGCUAACGCUCAGGGCGAGUGCUUUGAAGUACAACAUCUCCACGAUGUGAACCCCAAGAAGUUUGUUAUGAACGACUGUGGUAUAAUCACUGUGAAAGGCUGCUACGUUGUUCCCAGAGCCUACGCUCGUGAUGUGGUAACUCGUGUACAUACCCAACACGGACAUUGUGGCCUACAACAAACACUUAGCAUCGUCAAAGAAGUCUUCUAUGUCAUUGGACUCUCCGCCAUUGCUGCCAAGGUUGUAUCAUCGUGUCGCUGUUUCUUCUCACGAGCUGUGAGGUCCGCGAGGCACAGUGUUGGCUCACUACGACAUCGUCGUGAUAUCAUGGAGCUUAUAUACGUUGAUAUUGUGGGUCCACUACCUUCAACUCGUGGUACAGACGGUGGGUACAAGUACAUAUUGACUUGGCUGGACUCAACUUCAGGCUACGUGGGUGGUAUUCCUUUACGCAAAGCAACAUCUUACGAGAUUUGCAAUGCUCCCGAACAUCAUGUUCUUGAUGUCUAUGGUCGGGUCAAGGAGAUUGCGUCAGAUAAUGGAGCCGCAUUCAGCAGCUCUGUUUUCCUGUCGUGGUGUUCCUCCUACGCUAUCCGCCCGUGGAAGAUUCCAGUCUACUGCCCGUGGAGGAAUGGACAGCUAGAACGCUGCCAUCGUUCUAUCAAGGCUACUCUGAGGUGUCUCUGUGAUAGUGUCCAGCACAAGUGGGAUCGGUAUCUUUCCAAAGCUCUAUUCAGAUGCAACUCUCGCAUCAUUCCUGACACUGACAACAUCUCGCCGUUCAUGCUGAUGUUUGGUGAAUCUCGUACAGUACUCCGAAGAUUCCUAUCAUCCCCUGCCUCGUCAUUCCCACAGUCCCUCAGCGACGUCGUGAGGAACAUGGUCGAUAUGCGCAACACUCGUCUUGACGCUAUCUUUGGUAACACGGACGAUGUCAAGCCCACUAUCGAUCCAGUGCCUCAAUGCAACCAACACCGGAGGUCCGCUAGUGUAAAAGUCGGUGACUCCGUGCUCAAGUGGAGUCCUUCUACUGGUCACGGCCCUCUCGGUACUCAUUGGUCUGGUCCUUACACCGUUACCCACAAGCGCGGUCAUCAAACAGUCAUUCUGAGUGAUGGGUCUCUUCAAGACUGUAGGAACGUGCGUAAGUGGCACGGUAAGACCCCAGCGAGCCUUAAUCCCACCUCUCAUUAA